UAAGAGGGAAGGAUGGGGGGAGUCCUAAAUUCGUGCUCGAGUUUGACAACAGAAAUCACUGUGUGUUGUUUGAUUGAACUUUGUCUCCGCAGCAGCUACUUAGUUUAUCGUAAAUUUAAAUUUCCAAUUACUUUUAACCGUAAAAAGCUAACUAAAGUUUUGCAGAAAAAGCAUUUAUUGGGUUUUCCGCUUUGGUUUGAUACGUUGACGCUCGGUUUUCGAUUCCACAAUUGAACUGUGACAGUUCACACUUUUCUCCCGUCAUAGAAUUUAUCUAUUUGUCAAUUGGAGUUGCUGUUCUGUUGGAUCACCUAAAAUGGAAAAUAUAAUUACUUUGGACUCAUCCGAAGGGGAAGAUGAUGACAUUAACGUCAUUCCUAUUGUUCCUUCUCCUCUACCGUUGUCUAGACCCAAGAUUCGGUGUUCAAAGCCCAGACAAGGCGUGGAAGUAAUUCAUUUAACGACGGUAGGACCUAAGAUUGAGCCGAAAGUGAAAGUAGAUAUGGGAUAUAAUAAGAUAAAUGGGAAUACGAAUGGGAUAACUUUACCAACUCGAAAAGUAGAAGAAAUUACACUCUCAUCGUCCUCGGAUGAAGAUGAGACGAAAAAUGAGUCUCGUGCUGAUAGUAGACAUCAGCCUGGACCGUCUACAUUAGCAGUAGCAGAAAGAUGCUCAAGUAAUAGACCCAAGAAUUUAAUGAAUGGAUCUGGGAAGGUCGAAAGUAAUGGUGAAGAAGAUACCAAAGAUGUUCUUCAUGAUGACGAUGUCUGCGAAGUUGUCAGCGACGUUGGGACGGAGUCUGUUUGUUCUGAUGCUGCAGAUAAUAUUAGAAAGUUAUUAAAAACUUUGCAUGGUACGUUGAAAGUCAGUGAAAGGAAGACACUCGAGAAUAAGAUAUGGAAAAAGUAUAAGAAACUUGAGAAAGAGCCAAAGGAGUUGCACGAUGAACUCGCUAAAUGCAUCGACCUUGUUAACGAUAAACUUGUAGAGAAUCCAGAAUUCAACAAAUGGAUGAUGCUGCAGCAGUUGUUUAUCAAAUUUAAUCCUGAAGUUCUUCGUAAAGGAGAACGUUUUGUCAUUUCUUUCACAUCCGAAGAACAAGCAACCUUGGAGGAAAAGAAACAAAGAAGGAAGCAACGUCUGGAGAGUAUGUUAAAGGAAAUUUCUAAGAUUGUGAAACGAUUAGACAGAGAAGAAGUCAAUUGGGACAGCGACGACGAGAACAACAGCGCAUUUAUGCAACGAGAACGAUUGUUUGCAAAAGCAAUGAAAAUUCAUAACUUGAUCUGCAAGAUUGAUAAGUGUUCGAGAAUGACUGGACGUCCUAUACAAAAGGCUAUCGAUUUAAAAUGUACAACAACGUAUCCAGAAGUUGAAGAAAGAGUAGCCCAAUUUGUUAAUAGGAAUGGCUAUUUUGAGUCUCCCGAGUUUUUCGAUAUUUUGGAAGUGGUCAAUGAUUGUAAUGUUGAAUCGCAGUUACACUUGUGUGAAUCCGACUGUCGACAAUUAGCCAAAUCUCUCCACGAAACAAUUAUUGACCGUCGUCAGCAGUUACGAGACUUGGAUGUUCCACUUGCCUUCCCUCCCGAGUGUGACGAGUUAGCUGACCCAGCGGAGACAGAUGCAGAAUUAGAAAAGAAGCUAAUGGAAAAUGCUAAAAUGGCAAGGACAAUAAAAUCGGUCGUCGAUGAAUUUGCGGAAAAGCAGAGAAAACAAGAUGCGGCUAAAUCUGGUGAUUCCGGCGGUGGGAUUCCGGCUCCCAAAACCCAUAAAAAUGAUGAUGACGACGACAACGACGACGAUCAAGAAGCUGAGGAAGAUGCUUCGGAUGAGGAAGAUCAAGAUGAAGAUGCCAGUGACCCUGAAAACAUACUGGAAGACGACUCAUGUUUUGUUACUUCGGUGGAAGACAAGGAAGAUGGCGAAAUUGAAGUUUGGAACGAGCCUUUAUUUGAAGUUGAAAGUGGGAUUGGAGAAGAGGUAGCCGACGGCGUCUCUAUUUCACCACCCGAUGUACAGUCACCAGUUGAUAAUCAAGAUGCUGACAUUUCGCCACCGACCAUUCAUGUUCCUGUUGAACCAGAAAUUAUAAUAAACAAUGACACAACGGCAAGCGAUAUUGUAAUCCAGAGUAGUUCCGACAGCUCACACACCGAAAACCAAGAUCCACCACCUGCCAAGAAACCUAAAGUUGACGAAUGACGACGCAUGGAUGGACCAAGUAUUGAAUGAUCAUUUAUUACAAUUUACACCAUUACACCCGUUCACGGAUCGCUUAAAUCUUAUAUGUAGUCCUUUUUGACUGACCAUUUUUUUUCUCUUGUUGAGUAUAAGUUUAUCAAUAUUGACUGAUGCAAAUUUUUGCUCGAGUUACGUUUGUAUCUACUCUGUUCCCCAUACACCAUAUAUUUUUUAAUCCUAUCGAAGCAGAGCGUUAUUAAAUUAAAGUACAAGCAGGGUGGUUUUAGGUGCUAAAAUAGGUGGAGUGUAUAUUAAUUUCAUUCGCACUAUAUGUGUGAGUGUGACUGACUGACCAAGAAUAUGUAUUUUUAAUGACAAACAAAUUGACAAAAUAAAUGCGUGUAUGUGUGUGUCUCAAAGUCUCGUGUCAUGAAUGUAAUGGAAAACCUUACGGCAGUCUAAAAACUCGAUAAAGUGUUCUCAAAUAAAUAUAUACUUAGCUUUUAAUGGUAAUUUUAAGAUUAGAUGAAUUAAUUAAUUUAAAUAUAGAACAAAAUUGUUAAAAUAAAAAGAGGACCAGUGAAUAAAUUUAUCACAAAUUCGA